CACGUUCAAGAAGAGUGGUAGUAGUUGUAGGUGGGAGUUCGAUAGGCAACAGUUUCCUAGUUUUAAAGUUUCUUGCACCGUAAAUAUAUUCCCGUGAAAGAAGAUUAUAUACGAUGUGUUGGGCAUUUUGUGUAGCCUUGAAUGCUUUCCACUUCUUCCGCAGUUGCUGAAAGUGCCAAAUGAUUGUCGGGCAGUUGUUUGGGCUCGAUCAUCACUUUCCGCGGCGAUUGCUUUAGUUCUAGAUUCGGCAAUUGAUUUUGAGUUUUGUGUUCGAUCCCGAUUGAUUCCAAGUUGCUAGGUUUACUUUGAUUGCUGUUUUGGAGCUUUGGAAGAUAAUUGCCAAUUUUCUGUAGUUUCAUUGCUAAUUGACGUUGUCUGUGUAUAGAACUGCACAGAGUUUAUUUUAGAAAGCAAAAUUGUCACAUUAAGGGAUGAUUUUGUUGUGAAUUCAUUGUUCAUAAGGUUUUCGAUUAUCGGUGUUAGGAGCUGCCUGGGAAUUGGCUUCCCCUGUGAGUUUUGGAAGAUGCAGAAAUGUAUUUGUAGUGAAUAGACAGUGUGUAAUUCUGUAUAGAGAGCGAUGCCGACAUCUUCGACUAAAGAUUCGACACAAAUUGUUUAUCCAAAGACAGUGUUGUCUAUUGUCCCUGUGGUCGGAGGACUUGCUUUGUUCUUGAUUUUUGUAUCUACGCUACUGGUUCGUGGGUAUUUUUAUGGUGUUGAUAGCAUCGGAAAUGUUGAAUUAAAGCCUGCCGUUAGCCAGCCAAUUCAUGAGCCCAAUGACACUGUUAGUACAUUUGUAGGAGGGUCGUUGAAUUCAACGGGUUUGGGGGGUAAUGUGAGUGAUUUCUAUUCUCAGCAUGUCGAUAGAUCUGUGGCAUCUGGUGAAGCUGAGGACAUGGCAUCAAUUGAAGAUGGAGGGAUAACAAAUUCAACAGUUUCGGGGGUUAAUGUAAGUAAUGUAAAUUCUCAGCACGGCAACGGAUCUUCUGUAUCUGGCGGAGCAUUGGGAGAAGAAACUUCGACAACAGAAGCUCGAGCUGGUGUAGUAGAUUCAGGUUGCAAUUUGUAUCAUGGAAAUUGGGUUUAUGACCCGACCGGACCUUUAUACUCGAACAAUUCCUGUCCCGUGCUCACGCAGAUGCAGAAUUGUCAGGGGAAUGGAAGACCUGACAAAAAUUACGAAAAUUGGAGAUGGAAGCCUUCACAAUGUGAGCUCCCUAGGUUCGACCCGAAGAAAUUCCUUGAGUUAAUGAGAGGAAAAACGCUGGCUUUCAUUGGCGAUUCAGUUGCCAGGAAUCAAAUGGAGUCGAUGCUGUGCAUCUUAUGGCAGGUUGAAGUUCCAAAAAAUCGAGGCAACAAAAAAAUGCACCGCUACUAUUUCAGGUCGACGUCUACAAUGAUUGUUCGAAUGUGGUCAUCUUGGUUGGUUCAUCAAACUUCCGAACCGUUCGACUACGCACCUGCCGGCGUCGUAAAGAUCCACCUAGACAUACCCGACGAGACCUUUAUGAAACACACCACGAGCUUCGACGUGCUCGUCCUCUCCUCCGGCCACUGGUUUGCGAAGCAGUCGGUUUACAUACUCAACAACGAGAUCGUCGGAGGACAGCUAUGGUGGCCGGACAAAUCGAGAAAAAGAAAGAUAGACAACAUCGAAGCUUUCCGGAUAUCUGUGGAGACGACUCUCGCCGCCCUUGGAACCCAUCCGAAUUACACGGGUCUCACCAUUGUCCGCAGCUAUUCGCCCGAUCAUUACGAGGGCGGAAACUGGAACACGGGAGGAUCGUGCACCGGGAAGGUGAGGCCAGCCGUAGAAGAAGAGCUUGUCGAAAGUGGAUUCACUAAUGUAAUGCACGAGAAACAGUUGACGGAAUUUGACGUUGCGACGAAGAAGAAAACCAACAAGUCGAAAAUGAUAUUCAUGGAUAUCACGAAAGCGUUCUCGUACCGCCACGACGGGCAUCCGGGUCCGUACCGCAGCCCCGAUCCUAAGAAGAAAACUACGCGAGGCCCCGACGGGAAGCCCCCGCCCCAGGAUUGCCUCCACUGGUGCAUGCCCGGACCCGUCGAUACCUGGAACGAAAUGGUAUUCGAAACUAUACGUCGGGAGUUAAAUGACCGGGAAAACAACAUAUCUUGAGAGAGCUUUUUUUUGGUCGUUUACGACGCUUUUUUGUUGUCUUUGUUGCUCGAGCCAAAGCUAUCGUCGAUACAAUCGCGAGGUGGAUGACAUGAGCCCGGAAAAGGAAUUGCGAUUAUCGCCGUAUCUUCCCCAUUGUUCUUGUUGCGGUUGCAAUAGCUACGGUGGAUGGAAUUUGUCGAAGCGAUGCUCGACCCUUCGACUCGUUUUCAAGGCUAUUUGACGUGCGACGUCGCAUUUUCAACUGGUGCUACGAUAGCCUUGCAUGAAUAGUAAAAACUGAUGAUCUCAAUACUAAAAAACCAUACUGAGGUUAGGUAUUCAUACGAAUGGCAAUCGGUGAAGUCCGUCUCUAAGGUCUCCCUCCGAUGAUUUUGUCGACGUUAGGGGGCGAAACGACGGCCGGUUGCGGCCAUCCGUACUGUAUUAUUUAUUUCAGUAUUUUUUAAGGAAAAUAAUAUUGGUCUUUUUAUUUAAAGUAU